UUUGGCGUCAUCCACCAAUUAGAAACAUGGCUGAAGAGCGGAAGAAGCCCAUUGCGAUCAUUACUAUUGGAAUGGCUGGAGCAGGGAAGUCCACCUUUGUUCAACGAAUAAACUCGUAUCUUCACUCCCAAGAUCCUCCCAAAACUCCUUACAUCUUGAAUCUCGAUCCCGCCGUCACACACGUCCCGUUCGAAGCAAACAUAGAUAUCAGAGACACUGUGAACUAUUCCGAGGUCAUGAAGCAGUACAAUCUAGGACCCAACGGAGGAAUUCUGACUUCGCUCAAUCUCUUCACGACCAAGUUUGACCAGGUGCUAGAGCUGGUCGAUAAGCGAGUGGACACGGUCGAUUAUGUGAUUUUAGACACUCCUGGGCAGAUAGAAAUUUUCACUUGGUCGGCAUCGGGAGCGAUAAUCACAGAUGCAGUAGCGUCUUCAUUGUCAACCGUCGUCGCCUACAUCAUUGACACACCGCGAACGAGUGCUCCGGCGACAUUCAUGUCGAACAUGUUGUAUGCUUGUAGUAUUCUAUACAAAACGAAAUUACCCUUCAUUCUAGUCUUCAACAAAACUGACGUCCAGUCCCACCAGUUCGCGCUGGACUGGAUGCACGACUUUGAGGAAUUUCAAGCUGCACUAGCAGAGCAUGGCGGCACGAGAGACGCUGAAGGCGAACCGACCUAUAUGAACAGUCUCAUGCAUAGUAUGAGUUUGGUUCUGGAUGAAUUUUACAAGCAUCUCACGGCUGUAGGUGUCUCUAGUAUGUCUGGGGAUGGGAUAAAAGAAUUUUUUGAUGCUGUGGAAGCCUCGAGAGAAACCUAUGAAACAGACUACCUUCCUGAACUCGCUCGUGCACGGGCUACGCGUGAAAAGAAACUCCAAGACGCCAAAGACGAAUCCAUGAACAAAUUGCUGAGGGACCUUACUAUGGACAGAGCGAAAAAUCCAGGUGGUGCUCUCAGUGAUCGUUGGGAUCCCAAUGCCGAAGAGGAUGACGAUGACGACAACGACGACGAGGAUAUCAUUGAUCGAACUGAGGAAGCUUGGCCCGGUCAAUAUAUCGAUGUUACUCGAGCGCAACGGCAUCCAGAAGAAAGAAUAAAUUGGCCCAGACCAGGAUAGCGGUCAAGUGAAAUAACAACAUCAGGCCAACAUCAAUGUGUACUGAUAGUUAUACAAUGAUCAUCCUAGCUGACAGUGAUGGCGAGUCGCCUGGGACCUCGACAAAUUUUCGCGACCAGUCGGAAAGGGGUUUGUUCCGUCUCCAUCGUCAUGGAACGGAGGUGGUUUAGACUUCAAGAGAAAAAUCAGAAUAAAUCAGUUCCCUAGCUCCCUUAUUUUUCUGUCUUGAAUGAGGAAAUGAAUAUCACUAUGUGCUG